CCGUCUGGCAGCAGCUGCAACGUGUGCGCCGUGGGGGAGGGCGCGGUGUCGCCUGUCAUUUCUAGCGCACGCGGACGUUGUUUCGCGCGUGCGCGCUUUUCUUCCAUCCCCGUCUUUUUGGAAAAACAGCGAGAACCCGCGGCUUGCUGGACAAAGCUGGAAAGCUAGCGCACGCGCACGCGGGCUCUCCGACUCGUUCCUUGUUCUCCAUCACUCUCCCCUCCCGCUGGAACUACCGCUUUUUUCUGAUUGGCCGGCUGGUGUCCCGGCCAGGUGUCAGCAGUAGCAGAAGCUGGAGACUGCAAGGAGUGCGGAAAGGGUUGGAAGAAGCAGCCUCAGGUUGAGGCAGACGGUCGCCUACGGCCACCACUUUCCCCUUAUUCAGUGGUGGUAGCCUAUAGGCGCUUGCAACCAAGGAGGACCCUGACCAAAGGAAAAAUUCAAAGCUGCCCCCUUCCUGUGACAGCUGCCAUGCUAAUAUAAAAGAAGGAGCAACCGGCUCUCUUAUCUGACCAGUCGACUUUUGGGACGCUUGCUUUGCGCUGGAGAUACUUUAAUAUUUGGGUUCUCCUCCUGCUCUUGGUUUCGGAUAUUGGAAGUACUGGACUGGUGCACACAACUGCAAAGGAGUUUCAGAUACUUUUGUUAACGGAUCUCACUGAAGGUAACUAAAUAUGAGGAGAAAGCUAGAUUUGUCUGGCUUGACUGAUGAUGAAGCUGAACAUGUUCUUCAGGUGGUCCAACGAGACUUUACCCUCCGCAAAAAAGAAGAAGAUCGACUGAAUGAAAUGAAGCAGAAGCUUGAUGAAGAGGGAAACAAGUGCAGCAUCCUUUCGAAGCAGCAGAGGUUUAAUGAGCGUUGUUGCAUGCGUUGCUGCUCCCCUUUUACUUUUCUCAUCAAUACUAAACGACAGUGCCAAGACUGCAAAUACAACAUCUGCAAGAACUGCAGCUCUUAUCAGAGGAAGGAGAAAGCUUGGCUCUGCAACAUGUGUCAGCAAGCUAGACUUCUAAGAGCUCAGUCCCUGGAAUGGUAUUACAAUAAUGUGAAAAGUCGCUUCAAGCAUUUUGGAAGUGCUAAAGUUCUGAAGAAUUUAUAUAGAAAACAUCGCCUGGAAACUGGAACUUGCUCUGACAUAUUAGGACAUUUUUGUGAAGGAACCACAGAAAAUGAAGGAAGCAAAAAUGGCAGUGAUUCUAUUUUCUACAAACAGACAGAAGGACAUAGUAUGGUAGACACUCUUGCUGUAGCAUUGCGGGUUGCAGAAGAAAUAAUAGAAGAAGCUAUUUCCAAGGCAGAGAUAUACAGUGACAGUUUGGACGAACAGCAUGAAGCUUGUUAUUUGCAAGACUAUAAAGAAGAGCUGAUAGAAGAGCUUGCUACCACCAUUCUCCAGAAGAUUAUAAGAAAGCAGACAGUCAAAACUGAGCAAGUGGAAGCUGGUUUUGAAAGGCCACAGUUCAUGAGCAACAGAAGUCUGACAUCUGCUAUUCUCCCAGAACAGAACAUGCUGACUUUUCCAAGGAGCCACAGGGGAUCAUACACAUUAUGGAGGUCCCAAUCUGCGUUUUCACUGACUAAUGAAGAUACAUCAGCCAGAGACUCAGUUCUCACAUCUACCAUGUUUGAAUCUGUCUUGAGGGAACCAAAAGGCCCGAUCAAGAAACAAGAGCACAGACUAUCUACAUUGCCCAGCUGGAAGAGCAUGGACCAAUUAAAUGAACCAAAUUAUCCUCCUGUUUUACAAAGUACAGAUGGAAAUUGGGUGGCCUUGCAAAAUGUCAUUUUGCCUUGUCCUCGAAUGCUUGCCAACCCAAAGAGCCAAGUGUUCAAAGCUUUGGAGAAAGAAUCCAGUGUUACAUCUGCUUAUGAUGAGAUGGACUCAGAUAGCGAAGAUAACUGUGAUUGGAACAUGGCUUUGAACAACCCUCAGCAGCUUUCAAAUUAUGUUGCAGCUCAGCACAAUGCCGAAUGGAGUUAUGGCAAUGAAUUAUACCAGUCUGUGACUUCCCUGUCACCUACCAAUGAGACAGUGUACUCUGAUUCAGAAAUAUCACCAGCCAAUUCUUCAAGGGAGGCUAAAGCAUGUAGCCUCUUAGGAAUACAAAAAGGAAAUUGUAACAAUAAGUACAGAGAACAAAAAGCACAGUUACAUGAAGAAUUGGAUGUGAAUUUUAAUCCACAGGCUACCAGUUUAAAUUAUUCAGAUAGCAGUGAAAAUGAAGAAGCCUAUCAUGACUUUGAAAAGAGAUCAAGGAAAUGGAAAAAAGGCAAGGUUCUCUCUGAAGAUUUAUGCAAAAGCAAAAACUGCACAAAAUCACCCAAGAAGAACUUGGGUGCAUGUCAGGUAGUUGAUGAUUUAUCAGAAACUGACAUCAGCUGUGAUGACCAGCAUCAACAAACUAAGGCACACCCUAUGGAAGAAAAAAUGAAGGCAAGGUUAUCUGAAUUAUCUCCAAAAAUGAAAAAUAGUGGAGAAACCUCUUCAGAGGAGGAGACAUCGGAGUCAAGAACAGCAAAUGAGAACCAGAAAUCAGGCUUCGUUUCAGAAAGCAAUAGCAAAUGCAUCCAGGAAGAGUUAAAGAAGAAAUGCUCUGCAGCCUCUCUCUGCAACAUAUCUACUGAAGUCCUAAAAGUAAUCAACGCAACAGAGGAACUCAUUGCAGAAUCUGCAAGACCAUGUGAUUUCCCAGCAGAAGCAUGUGAAAGAGGGAAUAGGGAAUUUCUGUUAGAUACAGACCCUAUCCAACUUGAUGGGCAGCUCACAAUGCUGGAAGAAAAUGUCUACCUGGCAGCUGGCAGUGUAUAUGGCUUGGAGAGUCAGCUAAAUGAGCUUGAGGAUGCAGCUCGUAAAAUUAACAGCAUUACUGCAGAAAUUGAACUGGCUGAUCUAGAAGAUCAAGUGGCAACAGCUGCAGCACAAGUUCAUCAUGCAGAACUCCAGAUUUCAGAUAUUGAAAGCAGAAUUUCAGCCCUUUCAGUAGCAGGCUUGAAUGUGGCUCCAUGUGUUCACUUGACAAGAAGACGGAAUCACCAGACAAACCAGAUGCAUACAAUAGACACAUCCAGACAGCAGAGACGAAAACUUCCUGCUCCACCAAUGAACGAUGAAAACAUGGAUGCAUCUUCAGUUACCCCUGUUAGAACAUUUAACAGGAAUUUCAUACUCCAAGGAUCUCUGACACAAAGAACAAAACAAGAAAAAAAGAUCACUGCCAAGGAUUUGAUGGAACCAACUAUAGGGUCUUCUGUAAUGUACUAGAAUUACAAAAUUCUACUGCCAAUGACACACUGCCUAAGGCUGCACACUAGAGUGCCUUUAUAUAACAGCCAUUAUAUACAUCCAGUUAAAAAAAAUAAAGGAUUCUCAAGAACCCACAAUGCCUCAGUAAUAGGGCUUUGUUUGGAUACCUCACUGAGAAAGAUGUUCAAGUCUUCAGUAUUGUGGUCUGCUGGUCGAAACUCUGCCUUAAAGUUCUAAUGAGACUCCAGGAAGGACACUAAGUUUCAAAGCUUCAUGUUUAAGAUGCACUUUUAUUCACACUGUCAAUUCUACUGAAGUAUGUUAUCUUUAGUUACAAGCUGUUUUUGUAUUCUCAAUUGUUCAAUUAAUGUCAGUCAUUGUGUCAUUUGAAGAUCAAAGAAAAACUCAAAUAAUCUAUUCUGUGAUACGUAUUUCCUGGGAUCUUACUUUUCAGAUGGUCAUAGUCAUGUAUGACAUUAUCAGAGCAAUAAGAAUUCCAGGAAUAACUGGUAAUCCUGAAAUAAAGUGUGGAGCAGGAUGGCCAGGAAGGAGGUUGAAUGGUUCUAGAGCAGGAAGGAAAGCAUUUUCCAUUUGUAAUUUCUACCUGCAUUCUACUAUAGCAUAUUCUGCUAGGAUCAUAUGAAUGUCCUAAGAUCAUGUAAGUAGGAGAAUACAUUUACUGAUUAAGUAGACUUUCAUCUAGAUUGAUCUGAAAUUUCUUCCAUCCUCAAGAAAUAGUAAAGCCAGUUGCAGACCCAGCUGUAUUCCCAGUGGAGAUAAAUUCAAUCUUACCAUUGUUAGAACUCAAAGUCUAGUAAUUAAAAGUCUAUUUCAAAAGGCAGGUUUCAAAUUAAUAUGCAUUAUCUCCAUCUCCAGUGAUAGAAAAUACUUCAGUUAUAAAGCAUAGGUGAUCAUUCUAUUAACAUUAGUGUUUCUAGAAUAGUAUAA